AUGCAGACGCCGUCCCAGGCCCUUCCAAGUAUCCUUCCACAAGAAAGGAAACCCCUGGAUAAUGGCUCUGUGUAUACGCUAUUGGCGAAGCUCAUUGCUAAAAAGCUCAACUCAGACGAUUUAUCGACCACCACCCUUCUUGAGCGAGUUCAGGGUCUUCGCACAAGGACAGAUUCAUACGAGAGUAUGCUGGAAGCGCGGAACCUCCUCCUGCAGCUGGUCACUCGUUCUGAUUUCCGGAACAUAUCUCUUGUCGGCUCUGAAAAGCAGAGCCAUCUGCCGCGUUGGACCUUUGCUCUCUAUCAGCAUCAGGAGGUCGACGAUUCCACCUCCACUGCUUUACUCUCGGGAACGGCAAUUUUAUCAUCUGAACUUACCAAUGUGCUUUAUUCACUGGGUUGCAUUUCUGCAUCUGAGGCCUCAAGGGCAGACAAGACCAUGCAAAUAACACUCUAUGCGAGAGCGGGACACUUCUUUGACGAGGCCUCCAACAUGGCGAGUGGACAAACGGGCCCCAUGACAAAGGCGUAUCUAAGCGGGCUUGCAGAGAUGGUCCGUGGACUAGGGUACGAGGCGCAGUCUCAAACUGAACUUCAGGACAAUCUGGGUGUCAUGCAUGCUUUCGCUAAAGCGGCACUUUCAUAUAAAAUCGCAGUUACUCACCUUGACACAGUGCUGCGCAGUAUGGUGGACCCUUCGCAUUAUCCCUUCAUGCUUUCUGAGGCCAAUCUAGUGUCGAUCAAGGAGAGGUACUACUCCGCUACCACGCGUUAUUACCUCAGUAAGGUGCAGGCCCAAAUAUGUGUCUAUAGCACGGCACGAGAAGCUAUUGAGGCCCAGAAAAUUCUAGUGCAGUUGAAGACGAAUUUAGAGCGUGGGCGUGCAGAAUAUCAAGAGGAGUUCGAUGUCUCAGUCAUUGAGGCGGCUGUUAGGGAGUUGCUCUCUUGCGUUAAUGACCAAACAACGAUGUUCUCUGACUGUGGAUCUGCUUCCCUGAUAUCUCUUGAAAGCUUGUCUCUGUGCUUGCGGUGCGCUGGACGCGCCCAAGUUCAUGAUGAUGCUUUCUCCCACGGAGCAUGUGCAUCCUCUCUUUCGUCAGGAGAUCAACUUCUAGAGAUAAAUGCUCUCACUGACAAACUUAUCACUUAUGAGCAUGAGCUUAACAAGAAGACUAUAGAGCUGGAGGAGCUCAAAAGCGGCCGUGCAAUAACUGACUCGUCUAUCUUCACAACAGAGAUUUCACGGCUCGAAACAUUAGUAGACGAGCAAGGCGCGGAGAUAGAGAGAUUGCGUGAUUACAUAGCCGAGAGGGACAUAGAGUCCGUGCGUAUGCCCCCGAUCCAACCUGCCGCGAGUGCGUCACUGGUCGUUGACAUGGACAAGAUCUUAAGAAGAAAGGAUGACGAGAUCUCUCGCCUGCAAAAGUUGCUCUAUAGUUAUCAACCAUCCCCUGCACAACCAGCCUUUGUACGUGCGCAGGUGCCUUUGCUAGACGAUUCAGAAGAGCUCCGCAAACUCUUGGACCGUGCCUCAUUAGAGGCCUUUCAGAGCAAGGCGCGGGCGGACACACUUGAAGAAGAGCUUCAGGAGCUUAGAAAGCGCUAUGCCGAGAUCACCAUGCAGUCGUCCAAGGCUGCCUUUCGUGAUACAACCUUAGAUGCAUCUGUCUACACGUCGGAGAUAGAGAGACUGGAGAUGCAGUUGGAGGAGCAAGGCACUGAAAUAGAGCGACUCAGAGAUUAUAUCACCGAGAAUGAGAUUGGAAUGAAAUCUCUCAAGCUUCUGACUGUGGCACAGCAAGCUCCUGUGAGGACUCUGGACACCUCUGAUUUGCUCCUUGGCAAGGAUGCAGAGAUCAGUCGGCUGCAGCAAAUUGUUUAUAACCUCACAUGUAAGCAGGGGCUGGUGAGCACCGACGAGAUAGACAGAUUGAGGAGUGAGCUUGCGAGCAAGACCCUCGAGCUGCAGAAUGCAUAUAGCCGUUCAGCAGUCAGGUCAGACGUAUCGGGAAUAGAUACCUCCAUUUAUACGAUAGAAAUCGAUCGAUUGGAGAAUCUUAUUAACGAGCAGGGAGAGGAGAUUGAGCGGCUGAGAAAUUAUAUUGCUGAUCUGACCAUAGAGACGCAACGAAUCCAGCCUGUUGCUAUCGAUUUUCUUGAUGAUUCUCCAGAUCGCUUGCCUACCCCACCAGCUGGACCAUACGAUACAUGGAUGCCAGAUGACGUCGAUGUGCUGCCUCGUGCACGCAUGGAGGCCGUUACAUUUGACUUUGUGGAUGUUCCCGUAGUUGAGCGCCUACCAACACCCGUGGACUGUGGCCUGUUUUCACUGGAAUCUCCAGCGCAUCAAUCACGCAUGUAUGUGUCCACAACAGAAUAUGACGAGCUUCGUAGAGUAAUCGCUGAAAAGGAUGAGAUCAUAAACGAACUUCAAGCACGCUUGGAGCAGUGUAGAGACAUGCCUGUACCUACUAUACACAUUCAGAGAACUUACGGUCAGGCGGGUAUACCUGUUGUCGAGCGCGUCGACACGCCUCCAGAAUUACCUUCCGACACGUGGAUAGGAAGCACCGAAAGAGGGUUCCGGACUAUACGCAAAUCGGAUAUCCCUGAGCUAGCAAUGGUUGAGAUCCCGAGGAUUGACCGUGUCGACACGCCUCCGGAGCUUUCGUACGACACGUGGAUGAGUGCUGAUGUUUGCUCUCAGGUCACGGCGCGUAAAGCCGACAUCUCGAUAUACAACCUCGCAGAAGUCCCUCGGGUUGACCGUGUCGACACACCUCCGGAGUUGCCAUUUGAUACAUGGAUGGUGUCUGAACCUGUACCUGCAGAGCCUGCGGAAAUGAUAACGUCUUGCAAGCAGACACCGGCUAUUGAUUCCUAUGAGAUAGAACGUCUCGAAAAAGAACUAGAAGAGCUACGUGCCCAGAUCUCUGAAUGUGAGCAAGAGCUUAAGAGAAAGGACGAUGAGAUUAGACGCUUGACGGAUGAUUUAGCCGCUGAAAAGCGUAACAUUAAAAAAGUGGAGAUUGUCAAAGAAGUGCCUGUCUAUUCGCCUCCGGUGUCGCCUUCCAGCGGUGGGUCCGACUUGGAAAGGCUGAAAUCUGGCCACCGGCAUGAGAUUGCCACUUUAAAUAAUCAAAUUGAAGCUCUCAAAGAACAGCUUAACUCCGUUGGUGCUUUGAAACCACAGAUUGUCACCGAAUACAAGUUCUCUGACAUCGACUACGACAAGCUUCUCGCAGAAAAGGACGAGGAAAAUGACCGCCUGCGUACCAUGCUCAGCAUCCAGGCCCGACUGAGGGCUACAGAAAAUAAGUCUUCAGACUAUGAAAAGAGGGCCAAGGAAGCAGCUGAAGCAGCGGAGUACUCGAUGCGAAUCAUGGAGGAGAAGCUUGCAGCGGCCAAUGCUGCUGCUGCACGAGCAUUUAACGCUGCACCACAGAAUGCUCAAGUGGAAUCUCUGCAGAAGAAGCUGAAAGAGAAGGAAAACGUAAUUGCUGGGCUUCUUCAAGCAAUGACUGAGCAGAAAGAUUCCUUUGCAUCGUUGCACAGAGCGCAUGCAUUGCAAGAAGAGAAAUAUUCCAACCUAUGUGGCAUUCUUAGUGAGCAGGAAGAGACAAUCCGAUCUCUGAUGCGCAGUCCUGCGGGGGCAAACAAUCUAACCCUCAGUACUUCCUUACGUGGGUCUGAGAAAGCGGGAGGGAGUCAAUUUCAAGAUAUGGGCCACGAAUCUGAUCUUUUUCGAUCUUCUGCUGGGGAUAACUCUCAAUAUUUAAUCAACUAG